ACCACCGGCUGCCUCGCGGAGAGCUGCCACCUCAGCCUCAAGCAGGACAGUUCGGGCCACAGAAAGGGGUGCCGGCUGCAGGCCUCACAACUACGCUCCCCAUCCUGCCUUCUGAGUGUCCAGGCUCAGCUAGGCCUGGGUUGGGCACACUUCACUUCCUGCAGUCUCCACCACCCCAUUUCACAGAGGACAAGGCUGAGGCCUGAGAAGGGAGCCAGCCUGCCAAUGCCUGCCUGGGGGGCCCUGUUGCUGCUCUGGGCUGCCGCAGAGGCCACCAAGGAGUGCCCCGCAGAGUGCACCUGCCAGGCCCUGGAAACCAUGGGGCUGUGGGUGGACUGCCGGGGGCGGGGGCUCAGGGCCCUGCCCGCCCUGCCGGCCCACACCCGCCACCUCCUGCUGGCCAAUAACAGCCUUAGCUCCGUGCCCCCUGGCGCCUUCGACCACCUGCCCCAGCUGCAGAUCCUCAAUGUGACGCAGAACCCCUGGCACUGCGACUGCAGCCUCACCUACCUGCGUCUCUGGCUGGAGGACCGCAUGCCCGAGGCCUUGCUGCACGUCCGCUGCGCCAGCCCCGAGCUUGCCACCGCCCGCCCGCUGGGCCAGCUGACGGGCUUCGAGCUGGGCAGCUGCGGCUGGCGGCUCCCGGCGUCCUGGACCUACCCGGGGCUCUGGUGGGAUGUGCUGCUGGUUGUCGUGGCCACGCUGGGCCUGGCUCUCCUGGCCGGCCUGCUGUGCACUGCUACAGAGAUCCUCAACUGAGCCCAGGCCCCCAGGGUCACCCCUCCCCAGACCCCGCCCGGCCUGGGCAGCCCGAACCACCAGUAACUCAAAAUAAACUGGCUGCUCAACC